CACAAAGAAAACCGAAAACUGAAACGAACAAUUCCCAAUUGGCAAUAAACCUCCCAGCCCUAUGAUACGAACCGCUCUUCGGCGAGCGCAACUUUCGCCUCACUCUGCCAUUUCACCUUUCGUUUGCAUUUUUUGCCAGAGGAAAGGGCCUAAUCUUGAGCGAAGACUAACGACUGAGGAUGUUGGGCAAUCGAAUUCGGUCGAAGCCCUGCCAAUAACAAAGGCUUCAGCCAGCUCUUCGAGGAAGCCUAGGAGUCUUGUGGAUAUCCUAGAAAAGGAUAUCCCCGAGCGCAAGGAGGGAGGGAGUCGGAAAAGAGGUGCAAAGAAAGAAAAAGCAGUGGAGAAAAAAGAAGCCAAGAAGGCGAAAGCGGGUAAGAAAAAGGGAGUUAGUCUCUCCAAAGCGGAGGCUGCAGUUUCUUUGUCCCCAAAGAAGAAGAAGGUUUUCCAGCGUGCUCAUGGCUCUAUAACUCCAGGUCUCUCUAUUUCAGAGGCCUUCCAGGGAGAUGGGUCUAAGUACCAAUUGUUGGAUCCUAACUCUCGAGAGAUUGAGCCGAUUGAGAGGGAGGGCCAACCGGAGGUUGCUAGGUUAUCUCACGAUCUUGAUAGGGUGCUUUUCAAUCCUGGUGUUCACUUCCUUCAAGAGCCCCGAUCCCGUGUUUACAACUUCGACCCCUACCUCCAAGAGAUCAUGCCGGUUACGGAGUUCGAUUUUGAUGCCUUAGCAAGCUACAUUAUCUCCUCUGAGGAUUGGAGACUAUCCUCAUUGGCUAAAGAACUGGGUAAAAAGUACGUCGGAUCUACGUCUAGUAUGACUGCGGUUUUGUCGCACUUCCACUUUCUUUUAUCUCAGUGGCGGCCGUUAAAUUUUCAGAAUCUUUCGAAAACUUUUAAAGCAGAGUUUCAAACAUUUACUCAGAUCUCCCGAGCCCCGGCGGCGAUAUUUUUACGAUAUAAAGGGAAUGGAACGUAUGCUAUCGAUCCGGAUAAGGAAUAUGAUACAGACAGUGUACUGAGUCUUCUUGGUCGGUCAAUGGAAAAGUUGCUCACUUCAGCGCCGUCUAAUUUCGAGUCGAAAUAUAAGAAGGGUAACGCUAGGCCGGAAGAAGAGCCACUGACAAAACGGCCGGAGACAUACCACUACUCUACUCUGGGAGAUAUUCUGAUGCGCUCGCAGUUGGAUGCCCAUGACGCUAGGCUACCGGGGACUGGAAUGUUUGACUUGAAGACGAGGGCGGUGGUCUCUGUUCGAAUGGACGUUUCAAAUUUCCAUAUUGGCUCCGGAUACCAGAUUAAGACACGGGUUGGCACCUGGGAAUCAUUUGAACGAGAGUACUAUGAUAUGAUGAGAGCGGCGUUCCUGAAGUACUCACUCCAAGUGAGGAUGGGUCGUAUGGACGGUAUAUUCGUCGCUUUUCACAACACAGAAAAGAUUUUCGGAUUUCAGUACGUCUCCCUGGACGAAAUGGACGCAGCGUUACAUGAGGAUUGGGGAGCUGGAAUUGGAGAUCAAGAGUUCAGGCUUAGUCUACAGCUAUUCAACAAAGUCCUUGAUAAUGCUGUUAAAAAGUACCCAGAACAAUCACUACAUUUGCACUUUGAAGCUAGAGAUAAAUUUAGGAAUCCUAUGAUUGUUGUUGCAGAGCCAAUGGAUGAAGAAGAAGUUGAGAGGAGGCAAACUGGGAACAAGCGCGAUUUGGCAGACUUCUUGGAAGCCUUGGACGGACAAAUAAAGAGUGGGGGGGGACCCGUACCUUCUUUUAAAGGCCUUGAGGGGGCCACAUCAUCCGACGAGGAGGAAGACGUUCAAAACGAUAUCCAAGAGAAAGAAGAGGUUAACAACGAGGAGGAAGAAAGUGAAUCAGAGGAAGAUGGUGACGAGAGCGAUGUUGGAGAUGCCAAAGAGGCCGAACCCAACCAAGAUGUCGAGGAGACUGCUGAGGGGAGCAAAGAUGUCGCCGGAGCUCUCAAGGGCAAACUGGGGGACGAUGCUGGAGCCAGAGGCCCAGUAGGAGUGAGCGGUAAGAAGGGAGUGGAAAAGCCCAUAAAGCUCCCAGAGAUGUAUGUGCAGGUUAUGUACAUCAAAAACUUUGUGAACGAUAAGGCAGUUCUUCGGCCCGUGCGCCUAAAGGAGAAUGAUAGGUGGAGAGUGGCGGUUGAAAUCGAUGAGCUCGCGCCCAGAGACGCCUAUCUGAUCAACGUGGGCGUCGUAAAGCGAAGGAAGAAGGCUAUCGAGCACCGAAUGGUCACAGAGGACGAUGCAGAAGCUGGGGCAUACAUUCGGCAAUUGAGGAAAAUGUCAAGAGCGGGAAGGGAUUGGGCGAAGGCGCAGGAAAAGAUGUUUCCUGGCGAGCCCGUCAUUUACAAACCGGGGUCAGGUUAG